UUCUUCGUCGUCGAACAAAAACGCGGAAACAAAGGAACUAAUCAGUUUUUCAAAACAAGCAACGAGUCGGCAUAAAGUGAGCCUUGUCGUGGGUGACAGUUGUUAGAGAUCAGACUGUAGCUUCUCAUAACCCACCCAGAAAGACUUAGCAUGGCUUUAAAGAGAAUACAAAAGGAGUUGAAUGACUUGCAGAGAGACCCUCCUGCCUCAUGUUCAGCUGGACCUGUAGGGGAAGACAUGUUUCACUGGCAAGCCACCAUCACAGGACCGAAUGACAGCCCUUAUCAUGGAGGAGUUUUUUUCCUUUCUGUUCAUUUUCCCACCGACUAUCCCUUUAAACCACCAAAGGUCGCCUUUACAACAAAAAUCUAUCACCCAAACAUAAACAGCAAUGGCAGCAUUUGCCUUGACAUCUUGAGGUCUCAGUGGUCUCCUGCACUUACAAUUUCAAAAGUUUUGUUGUCCAUCUGCUCCUUGCUUUGUGACCCAAAUCCCGACGACCCGCUCGUCCCUGACAUUGCGCACAUCUACAAGGCAGAUAGACAAAAGUACAACAAACUGGCCAGAGAAUGGACCCAGAAGUAUGCAAUGUAACAGAAAAAUAUUUCUGAAGCAACAACCUCUCCCAGAACUUAAAAGAUGACAGUACUGUUCAACUGCUUUCUCCAAACUGUUUGUAGCUGAGGUGUUUGAUAUGCUUGAAGCACUUUCUCUACCGAGAUUUUACUUGACUCACCCAUUUGUUUUACUAUUUUGGCAUUAUUGGAAUUAUUAUUCAGAUUAUUUUUAUUUGAAGAGUUGAGGUGGAGCGACUGUUUCUUUGAACAGAUUUGUAUUUAUAUUUUUCAUUAUCUUGAAAUAAAGAUAUUUAGCAGAA